UCAUAAUUAAAAGAAUAGGCUAGUUAUUCGUUUAAGCCUGCAUGUGUUGUCGCUUGCCAUGACAAAACUAUUAAAAGUCGAUUUAGAUAUUGAAGUAUUUUUGAACGUUAUUGCACCAUAAACAAUUCUGUUUUAUUGUGAUUCUUUAUCUAAGAUUGUGACUUAAGGUAGGUAGCAUUAAAAAAGUAUAAAAACUCUGUCUGCUGUCAUUUGUUGCGACUUGUAAAUAAAUACAUAACCUAGAAGUUGUGUAAAAGGAAUCGCCACAAUUGCUAUAAAAUUUUAGAUUAUCCCACUAUAUUAUAAUUAUGUCAGUUAUUAACGCAGUAUUUAGCCGCAUCGAAAAUCUUACCCAAACAGAAGGGCAAAAUGAAUUUAUAUCGAUUUUAAAAGAUGUAGUGGUUCGUGAAAAUGAAGUUAUAUCAAGUGAAACUUAUACAUUGUUAAAGAAUUAUCUGGAAAAGAUAUUCUGUGCUAUAGAUGAAUUAGCCAGUGAAUUAAAAAAGGACGAAGCAAUACUAAUUAGUGUGAAGAAUCAAAAGUUGCUCCGAACAUGUUUUCAAUUGAUCACUUCUCUGGGCAUUUCUCCAAGUCUUAUACCAGGUCUUGGAAUAAGUUUAUCAAAAAGAUGUAUCACAGGAGCUGUCCUUACAAAUGUUUCGUUCAGUGAUGAGCAAAAGUAUGAGAUGCUGAUUGACUGCACAGACUUUAUCACAAGAUGCUAUGAAGUAUCAAAUCUAAAGAGUAUUAUUAUCACUUUGCAUCUUUCAGAUUAUCUGGCAUCUUUAAUACAGUUGUCAUUUGCACCAUUUAAGAAACCGGGCACUUACAACAACUUUACUAUGACUCCAGAAAUGUAUGAAAAACUUUGCAAAGAUAGAGAGAAAUAUGUAAAAGUUUAUAAUCAUUUAGUCACCAAUUGUUUUCAACCACUUCUUAUGAAAGAGUUAUUGGUUCUCCAGAGUGGUACAAAUCCUUCACCCCCUGCUUUUGUCAAAAGAACAAUAGCAAAAGAAUUGAGCCAGAGGUUGUUAGCCCCUGGAGGGCUACUCAGCUUAAUAAGGUGCUUUAUAGAAAGUUACAAUAUAGAUACUGGCUUUGAAUGGAGAAAAAUUGACAUGAUCUGUAAGAUUGUUGCUACUAAACAUGGAACAAUGACAGAAGACAAAUAUCUCGAAAACAUUACUUCACAGUUGAAUCAGAUAUUAUCUUUGAAUAAUACACAUUACUUAGCAACAGUGGUUGCUUGUGUUAUUAAUUUAUAUAAUAAGUAUUCUGAGUCACAGCCAGUACUAUCAUUACUUAGUGAAAUUUUUGAUGCCUUCAAAUAUGAUAAAUUAAUUGGCACUGAUAUGCCCGGCACUAUACUAUUGACUCCUCAAGAAGUUGAGAACAAGAUAAAUAUACUACAUGCUUGUGUGUGUAUCACAAAAUUAGAAUGGCCAAUCAACCUUCUUACACCAAACCUCUGUGUACUAUUUUUAAUUGGGACUAAGAUUACAAAAAAUGAAGAAUUAAAGAGUAAAGUAAAAGAUAUAUUACUUAAAAGUAUGGAAAAGCUAAAUAAAAAUGAGUUACAUGAUAUAGUUAAAACCUUUUUGUAUGGCAAAGGUGUUGCCAGUUUAAGAAUAAAGGUUGAAGAAUUUGAUGCUGGCAUCACUAUCAAAUGUAUAGCAGAUGCUGAAGAUCAUAUAAAAGAUGAAGCAGUGAUAUAUUUCUUACAAAUAUUCAGAAGUGCAACAGAAAAUAUUUUGGUGACAAAUAUAUUUAAUAUAGCUUUAAGAAUACUAAUGGACCUUAACUCUAAAAGGCAAAAUAAGGGGAAUAGAGAUAUGCUGCUCACAGAAGACGAUCCAGUUUUAUUAGACGAGGUUGACCAACAGUACGCCAUUAUUCUUCAGCUUUUAUCAGAAAUAGCCACAACACCUAAAGUAAUUAACGGCAUUAAAACAAACCCCUUAAUUGUAUCUGAAUUCAUAGAACAUUUUAUAUCAGAACAGAAUUCAGAAAUCAAUUAUGAAUGUGUAACAAUAGCAUUAGUAUUACUCAAUACUAUAUUAUCAAAUGAAGAAAGUUCAGCAGACUUGAAAAGGAGGUUUGAUAAGUUGGUGCCAACAUUACGAAGUAUUGUUAGUAGUGAUUCGAGUAUGAACAGUAUGUUAUGUAAAGAGGCCCUUUCGCUAAUAACUUCGGAAGGUGGGAAGAAAAAGGAAACAGCCUGUGAGAAGGCGAUAUCUGAUACGUUCCAUGACCUAUUACCAGUCCGGGCUAACGGAAUUAUUGAGUUAACAAAGCUUAUUGAUGCAAAAGAUAGCGAAACUAUUUCGAAGAAACAUUACGUGUUUUGUAUAUUUCAGGAUCACCUUAAAGAUGAGGACUCCUACAUAUAUCUAGCAGCUGUGAACGGUCUCGCAGCAUUAUGCUCGCAUUGCACAGAGGAUGUGUUACAUGUCUUGUGUAAAGAGUUUCUACAAAACUCUCUGGAACAAGAUAAUGUUGAGACAAAAGAGAGUCAAAACAGGGCUGCAGAGUUGAGGAUGAAGAUUGGUGAUAUAAUUGUAAAAGUUACUAGGAAAUUAGGUGAAAUGGCAAUAGUCCACAAAACAAUUCUACUAAAUACAAUGCUCUGUGGAUGCAGAGAUGAAGAUCAUUUAAUCAGAACAUCGGCUCUCUCGAAUUUAGCAGAAAUCGCUCUAAUACUCAAUUACAAAAUUGGAACAAUUAUUUAUGAGGUAUUACUAUGCAUUUGGGGAAUAAUAGAGACUGACAAAGCAGUAGAGUGCCGAAGAGCAGCCGUUAUGGUCAUAUCAAGUUUGAUCAAAGGUCUAGGAAAAGAGACAUUAUUGCAACUGAAGGAACAGCUGCUACCGAUAUACAGGACGCUGAAAGAACUUUAUAGGGAUCAUAACGAGGAUACCACAGUCAGACUACACGCACAAAUAGCUUUAGAAGAACUCAAUGCUGUCGUCAACCAAAUUUUAUUCCCAGAACUAAAAAUGGAAAAACAAAUCUUCAUUCUAGACCAACCAAACGAUAUCAUGAAAUAAAACACAGACCUUUA